AUCACCUAUAAACAAAUGCAAUAGGUGUGGGUCAAUCUCCACUAGCGACACCUAAUAAGCAAUAGGCUAUGUUCUAUUAUUAAUUUUAAGUUAUGGAGUUUGAUUUUAUUUUGUUUGAAUUGCAGCUUGUUUUGAAUGAUUUUAAACUGGUGCUUUCUCUAUUAGCAAUGUCUGAAAUGGACAUGUAUGGAGCUGAUGAAGAGGAAGAGCAGUUUUACGAGGCUGUUAAGAUAUUAUUAAUGGCAAUACAAGCAGUGAUUUAUGUGUUAUACGAACUUGUGUUCAGCAUACGUGGUGAACAUAUUAGACGUCCGCUGACUCGUCGACCAGUGACAUCAAGUGGAUACAUAUAUAUGCACAACAUAUUGGACAGAGACCCUCAAAUCUUUAGAGAUGUGUAUAGAAUGUAUCCUGACGUGUUUCGAAAAUUAUGUAGCAUCCUAAAAGCGAAAACACCUUUACGGGAUACAAGACACAUUUGUGUUGAAGAAAUGCUUGCAACCUUUUUACUAGUUGUCGGCCAAAAUAAUCGAUACAGUGAAGCUCGGCUGAUAUUUGAGCGAUCUCAUUUUGCUGUUAGCAGAAGUUUCAACAAAGUCUUGAAGGCCUUGAAUACAAUAGCACCACAGUUUAUGGCUAAACCUGAAUCCAUACCACCUAACAUAAGAGAAAGUACAAGGUUCUAUCCUUACUUUAAGGAUUGUGUCGGAGCUAUAGAUGGCACGCAUAUUCCUGCAACGGUAGUUGGACGUGAGGUAAGCAGAUAUCGAAAUCGCCAUGGGAAGAUAUCACAAAAUGUAUUAGCAGCUUGUAACUUUGAUUUACAGUUCAUAUAUGUGAUUAGUGGAUGGGAGGGUUCCGCUCAUGAUUCAAAAGUGUUGAAUGAUGCGAUUUCUAGACGAAAUGGACUCAAAGUGCCACCAGGUAAAUAUUACUUAGGGGACUGCGGAUUCCCAAAUCGACGUCGGUUCCUAGCUCCAUUUCGAGGUACUCGAUAUCACCUCAAAGAUUUUGGUGGUGAAGGAAAUCAUCCUGUCAAUGCAAUUGAGUUAUUCAAUCUUCGCCAUGCUUCCUUGAGGAACGUAAUUGAGAGAAUAUUUGGAAUAUUUAAGUCGCGUUUCACAAUCUUCAAAUCAGCACCACCAUUUUUAUAUAAGACACAAGCAGAACUAGUUUUGGCUUGUGCAGGACUGCACAAUUUUCUUCGACAGGAAUGUCGUUCAGAUGAAUUUCCUCCUGAACCAGAAGAAGAUCCGAUAGACAAUCACGAAGAUAAUUUUGAAUGGGAUGAUUUUCAAACCCAAGAUCAGCAAAGAGAGAAUGCUAAUGAAUGGAGAAUGAGUAUUGCUACUCAUAUGUGGACAGAUGCCCAACCAAAUGCCAACAAUGAAAACAAUGACAAUCAAGAAAGUGAAAAUGAGGGAGAAGAAUAAAUCAUAUCAUUAUUUCAAA